AUGCGGCGAGAGAUAAAGAAGAAGGAUCCGAAGGAAGCUUGGCCGAAGUACUACCAAGCCAAUUUCUAUGCUUAUGCUGAUGCACACAAAGAGAAACCUAAAGCAGAUGUGCUUCGUAGUUUUAAGGAGCAAUUCAAGCUUCUUACCGAUGAAGAGAUUGAGAAUUGGGCUGCAUACGAAGUCGAGGCUUCCCCCUCCAAGGUUGGUGGUAGAGGGAAAGGGAAGAAGGUGAAGGAGACAUUAUCUGCUGAGCCAGGGAUUGACAACAACGAAGGUGUGGGGGACGUUCAAGUUUCUGGUCGUUGCUCAUUCGAGCGUUUGGGGAGAAUAGUCCCACUGCUGAACGAGGCUCAAAAAGAAAUGGUGAGAAAUGCCGGUUUCUCAACAUUUUUAAGGGAGGAUGCCCCGUACAUAGACGCUAAGAUAGUUAGUUGGCUGAUCGAUCACGUGGAUCCCACCACUUCUCGGCUGGAGAUAUUUGGAAGAACAAUCCAACUAUCCGCCAAGCUGUUUGAGGAUGUCAUGGGAAUCCGGGAUGGCGGAGAACCCGUGGCAACCGAAAGUGAGCGUGACACAGGCCGGACUGCUACUCACGUGGACCGAACUGUGGCUCCAAUUGACUUUUGGACCACAAAACACUGCAAGUCAGUGUACAAGUGGAUUCGAGACCAGGGUGGUCACACAAGUGGAAAGGUGAAGUUGACUAACACGUAUGUGUUACCGCCAAGUUUUGAAUCCGUUGCGGUUGGGCAACCCACAAAUGACGCAAUAUACAAAGCCGUGUGUGAGUUGAAAGAUGAGGUCUUCGGCUUGAUUUGA